UCUCGGAGUUAUAGAUCAUGUUAUCAACUUAUAAAUCUAUCUUGAAACAAUGUUGUUGACGCGGGAAUCCGUGCUGUCGCUGCUGAUCGCGGCGGGGGGCCAGCUGAAGAAAUCCGACUUGGUGGACAAGUUCAAAGCCUCGAUCGACUGCGACGAUCCCGCGGAGAAGGAGCGCAACAAGGAGCUUUUUAAGACGUGCGUCAACAAGGUCGCCGUGGUCAAAGAAAUCCACGGAGUCCGCUACGUGGUGGUCAGGAAGAUUUAUCAGCAUCUGCUGGACGGAGACCGCCAGGAGCCGGACAGCGAGGAGCAUGAGACCCGGGCAACCGGAGGCUCCGGGGAGGGAUCAGCUGUCCCGGAGCCCGACGGGGAGCCGCCGGGUGAGAGCGGAGACAACCAGGCGGAUUUACUGACUCCCAUCGAGCGCGCGUUGCAGAAGAGCCAACAUAAGGUCGGCACCGUGAAACGGAUGCUGAGCUUUGAGGUCCAGAGGCAGGAGGACCCCGCAGGGGCGUUAAAUCCGCCCGCCAAGAGCAAGCCGUACGGCUUACCUCUGAGGGGGCCGCCCAGCGCCACCAUGGUGCAGAUCCGCAAACUGAAAGAGUACCCGGAUGAGCCGCUCGGAUCCCCCAAACUGCAGCGCAUGGGGAGCAAGAGAUGGCCCUCAUCCGGGAGCAAGAGAUGGACCCCUAAAGCGGAGACCGCCGCCUCGCCCCAGAUGAGGAGGUCAGCGAAGACCACCAAGGCGCCGGAGGAGCUCCGCGACACCAGCGUCCCCGUCUCCUCCUCGGUGCCGCUGGAGCAGGCGGAGCACGAGUGGCUGGUGAAGUGCGCCGCCGGCCUCUGGGGCCAGGCGUACGGCCUGCUGCUGACGGACGGCCAGCUGGCGGAGAAGAGGGACUUCAUGUCGGGGUUCACCGCGCUGCACUGGGCGGCCAAGUGCGGGAACAGCGACAUGAUGACGAAGAUCGUCGACCUGUCCCGGCGAGGAGGGGCCGGCGUCGACGUCAACGCCAAGAGCCACGGCGGCUACACGCCUCUGCACAUCGCGGCGUUGCACGACCAGGAGUUCAUCAUGGCGAUGCUGGUGAGGGACUUCAGGGCCGACCCGAGCCUCAGGGACAACGGCGGGAGGAGGGCCUACCACUACCUGCACAAGGGCAUCUCGGAGGCGGUGAGGGAGAUGCUGGGCAAACCCAGAGCGGCGCCGCAGGAGCAGCCGCACGACGACGGCGGGGAGGAGUCGGACAGGCUCCCGGAUCUCGCCAAGAAGCAUUCAAUCAGCCGCCUCUUCCAGCCCCACGGGAGGAAGCACAAGCAGAGGGCCGGGUUCUACUCCCCGGCCGAUGAAGAGGAGAACCGAGAAGACGGCGGCUUCAGACCCAGAGUCACGUCGGACGUCUUCAUGUGAACUCGGAGGACGUCGGGGUCUCGCGUGCGUGAGGAAUGUGCAGCGGAGGGGCGACUCGCAUCGCUCCGAGGCGGAGGGGCCUUCAACGGCGACUGUGACUUCUGGUCGUGACCUUUCUCAUCGGCGAGGUCGAGCGGGACGGCUUCGUGAGAGACGUCGCCCGUGGGAGGAGUUGCGGGGUUUACAGGCGUGAAAUAAAAACGUGAUUCAGAGAGCGAGUCGUCUCCUUGCUCACUGUCUGCGGUCUCGAAGGCCUCGUCUUCCGCCUGAAGGGUGAACACUUUAACACACGUGCUGGUUCUUUUAGGUUUUUUUAAAUAUUGAUUGUCACGGAUUUCCUGGGUUUUAUUUCUAAAUUGUGAAAACGUAUGUUCUCUAUUUAAAAAAUGUUUUUCUCCAAAUCCAAACUGGACUUCCAUGUGUUUCUAUAUCUGAGCAUUUGAGAUGAACUAGAGUAAUGAAGUGGUCGUGUGUUCUGGCUCAUGGGGGGAUUCAAACCUCUGGAAGCAACACGAUUAAUUAAUUAAUGUCAUAUUAAUUAAUUAAUUAAUACAUUAAUACAAAUAUGUGUCUCUGAGGAGGAUUCAUACGAUUUUGGUCAGAUUCAUUAUUAAACACGGUGACUGAAGCCUUUUCGGAAAAAAGCAAAACAUCACAAUUCAAAUUGUAAGAAAGCAAACAUUGGAUUUCUCAGAAAGGGCAAAGGUCGUGUAAUUCAUAAAGUGGCCUGCAGGUGCUCCAUGAAUCCUUUUUAGCCCCUAUUACGUCAAAACCUGUGGCUGGAAUCCAUCCUCUGGCUCGUUGAGACGGCCGUCACACGAGCAGCGGACCAUGUGAGCGUAUGUUAGGUUUGUACGAUGAGGGUUGAGAAGAAAUGGGAGGCGUCCUGCGGUCGGCCUCGCGCUCUGACUCUGUCUUCUCUCUCGUCUCGUGACGCCACGCCGUCCUCACGUCGCGGCCGCGUUUCAUCUCGAAGCCUCCGGGUUUUAUUGAGCUAAUGUUCUCUUCCUCCUCCGCUGCUGCGAGGAGAAAGGUCAACACGAGGUCAGGACCCAGAGCGUUGGAGAAAGAACUCGAGGGUCGAGACACGAGAAGCAGAAAUACUUUAAUGUUGGAUCACGUCAAAGGAAAAGGUGUGAGGGGGAACUCUAGAGCUUAAAGCAUACCUGCAAACUUGUCACUUUUCGGCGAAAUUCGCCGUUUUGAAAUCAAAAAAGGUCAUCCACGUGAAUAGUGUAGCUCCGAAGAGUUUUUGUUUUGGGUAGGGGGGGGGUCAAUUGGACGGCCAGCGUCUAUGAGAUUGGAGUGAGACACGGAGAACAUGCGAUGUGGUGCUCUUCGCAAUAAAACAUCUUUGAUGGGACACGUCGAAGGAACAGGCUCCUCGAACAGAAUUAUGGAACAGAAUUAUGGAACAGAAUCAUGGAACAGGCUCAAAGCUUAGCAGAGCACACAAGU